AUGGCUUCCUCAUCAAGUAUGCAUGUCGCCUACCUGGUUGCACGCAAAUUAAGAGAUCACAACGACAACAACAAUGGCACCGAUGAUGCCUGCCCUACAGAUCCCAUCAACGUCCCAGCGGAUCAGAUGAAGCCUGUCGUCGGCUCGUUAAUGUUCCACGACUUCGCAACUAUCUUAUCCGGCGCAUGCAGUCUUGCAGCGCUUCUGAUCGUCUCGGUAGCCGUCAUUCGACAUGCCACCAACUUUUCGAAUCCCAUCCAGCAGCGACAAGUCAUCCGUAUCUUGAUGCUCGUGCCAUGGGUUGCCUUGUUCUCAUUCCUGAUCGUCUGGCAAGAGGACGUUGGAGAGUAUCUAGUUGAGUCGCUGGACUUCGGAUGUUCCAUCGCCAUCUCGGCAUUCUUGCUGUUGCUCUGCGACUACAUCCUUUCGAAUCCCGGAGGCUUCGACCAACUCUUUGGCCAGGGCGCAUCCAAGGUCGCAAGAGAAGGCGUGGACAGCCCUAAAUGGCUCAAGCGAACAUGGUACAUGGUCCUCCAAUACUUGCCCGUCUCCAUCAUCGUCUGGAUGGCGACCGCCAUCUCCCUCGCCGUCGGUACUUACUGCGGCGCCUCUAACAAGCCCAAAUUCGCACACAUCUGGCUUUCAGUCAUCAAGAUGGCAUCCACCACCUUCGCCGUCCUCGCUUGUCUGCGCUUCUACAAGAUGCAGAAAACCCAGCUCACGCCGCAUAAGGUCAUGCUGAAGUUCCUCGCCUUCAAGGGCAUCAUCGGUCUCAACGCCCUCCAGGUGUUCAUUAUCGGCAUCCUUGUGGGCAACGGCACGAUCAAGCCCAACGAGCACAUGACGUACCACGACAUCAAGACUGCGCUGCCGAGUCUGCUUCUGGCGUGCGAGAUGCCUCUCUUUGCGACUCUGUUGUUCUUCGCGUUCCCGGUGAGCGUGUACAAGGCUGAGGGCUGUGGCCCGGCCGCGGGGCCAAUCACGGCCAUGGCACAGGCUUUCAACAUUACCGAUCUGAUGAGCUGUUUUGUCAGGGGUCCGAUGAGGCUGCUGAGGGAGCAGCAGUGGGGCAUGCAGCGGGCCCAGAGUUUUCCUCUACAUGCUGAGGGUGGCGUCGUCGUGAGUGAGGGCGGAUACAGUGCGGGUGCGUACAAUGCGCAACAAAGCGGGUACAGUACGCAUCCUCCAGUGUAA